GAGGUUAUGAAUUAUUGGACAAUGUUAUCCUUAUCAAAUUUAUUGAAAUUUUCAAUUUUUGAUUUGAGUCAAACAUCUUAUCAAUGUGGACGGUGAAGUGUGAAAUAAGGAUCGUCAUUUAACGAUUUCUUGUUCUUAACAGCUUGAAAAUUCAUAUAAAAAUGGCACGAGAUGUAUUGAAGAGCAGUUUCGAGAACGCAACUUUCAGUAUAAUAUUUCAAGUUGCAUUCAGAUGCAUCACAUUCAUCUUAAAUGCCUAUAUUAUACGAACAGUUGGACAAGAAGUUUUAGGAAUCAUGAACGUGCGAUUGUUAUUACUGGAAUCAACUAUACUGUUCUUAUCCAAGGAGCCUUUACUAAAAUCAUGUUUAACUGAUACCAGAUCUCAUAAUUGGGCUCAGGUCAUCAAUCAAAUCUGGUUAUCAGUACCCUUCUCAGGAUUAUUAGGCCUAUUAUUGACUUUCAUAUGGAUAAAUAUGCUCACAUCUACUGAUGAAAAGUAUGUGACCCAAUAUGUUGUAGGAUGUUAUGCAAUAGCAGUGUCCUGUGUGAUAGAGCAGAUCUCCCAAGUUUUUGUACUUGUUGCACAGAGUUUCUGUUUUGUAAGGACAAAAGUAACUAUAGAUACCUUUUAUAUUGUGAGCCGCACUAUCAUUUUUGUAUACCUAAUGCAAAACAACCCUGAUGAUGCCAUCAUUGCAUUUUCAAUUGCACAAGUGGGGUCUGCCAUCAUUGCAUGUCUAUUGUACUGUAUUUUCUUCCAAUGGUAUAUUUCUUCCAUCAGAAAAAUCAGGCAGGAGUCUAAAAUAAUCAGUAAUAAUGAACAGGGAUCCAUAUUCACCAAUAUGGAAGACUUUAACUUCACAUCAAUCAAAGAUUUUCUUCCUGGAGUGUUAAAAAAUGAGGGAAGCUUGUUAGAUACAAAGUUAUGUUUACUUACAGUAAGUUUCAUGAAGCAGUCUGUUAUGAAACAGAUUCUUACAGAAGGUGAAAGAUAUGUGAUGACAGUAUCACCAAUACUAACAUUCAGUCAACAAUCCAUGUAUGAUAUUGUUAAUAACUUGGGUAGUCUUGCUGCCCGAUUUAUUUUUCGUCCAAUAGAAGAAUCAGCAUAUUUUUACUUCUCACAGAUGAUUAAAAGAGAUACACCAUUGACAGAACAGAACCCAAAGCAUAUCUCAGAAGCAGCUGAAGUUUUGAGUCAGCUUUGCAAAGUAGUGAUGAGUAUAGGACUUCUAGUUUUUGUGUUUGGUCAGUCAUACAGUUAUUCAUUUUUGUUCCUUUAUGGAGGCCAUAAAUUAGUUGAGAGUAAUUUACCAGUGACUCUUCUGCGUUUCCAUACUUUUGCAAUAAUUUUGUUAGCCAUAAAUGGUGUAACUGAAGGGUAUGUUCAUGCCACAAUGGAUAAUGAACAGCUAGAUAAGUACAACUAUUUGAUGGUGAUAUUUUCUGUUGCCUUCCUGUUGAUCUCAUAUAUCUUCACAUAUUUCAUAGGAGCAGUUGGAUUCAUAUUAGCUAAUUGCUUUAACAUGUUGGCAAGGAUCAUCCAUAGUACAGUUUUCAUCACCAAAAAAUACAAAGGUACAAAUCAUAAUCCAUUAAAUCAUUUAUUCCCAGGAGUAAAAUUCCUAAGUGCUCUUGGAAUAUCAUUUAUUGUUACAAAGUUGUCUGAGGAAUAUAUCUUACAGAAAUCUAUAAUUUUGCAUAUUGGUAUUGGAGGAAUAUGCUUUUUGUUAGCUAUAGCUCUUUGGGUACAAGAAAAUAUGUUAUUAUUGAAACUCUAUUAUAAUAAAUUCAGAAAUAUAAAGAAAGAAUCAUAGUAGGUAGGUAAUGAUUGUUUUCAAAAAUUAUUUAUUGUUUUAUUUUCAUUUCUAUAAACUGUUACAAAAUAAACAUUCUCUUAUUG